AUUUCCAGGGCUGCACCACUGAUGUAACUCCCAUUUCCUCUCGGACGGGGGUCACUCACAUGAGCGCUGGCUCGGUGUUCCAGGCUGUAGCUACCUGCGCCGUGAAUCUUCCAGAGAAAACACAAUGCUGCGGACGCUGUGUCGGAGAGGCGGCGCCAUUUUUCAGCAGAGCCAGCGGGCGGCGCCGAGGCUUUGGGUCACGCCGGCUCAGCAGCGCUGGGCCUCCAGUCUGCCCAUCAACACCGUGGUUCUGUUCGUGCCCCAGCAGGAGGCCUGGGUGGUGGAGAGGAUGGGGCGCUACCACCGCAUCCUGGAGCCCGGUCUGAACUUCCUCAUCCCUCUGCUGGACAAGGUUCGCUACGUUCAGAGUCUGAAGGAGAUCGUGAUUGACGUCCCCGAGCAGUCCGCCGUGUCUCUAGAUAAUGUGACGCUCCAGAUUGAUGGAGUGCUUUACCUCAGGAUCCUAGACCCUUUUAAGGCCAGCUACGGCGUGGAGGAUCCGGAGUACGCCGUCACGCAGCUGGCCCAGACCACCAUGCGCUCCGAGCUCGGCAAACUGACCCUGGACAAAGUUUUCCGGGAAAGGGAGUCCCUGAACUCCAACAUUGUCCACUCCAUCAACCAGGCGUCAGACGAGUGGGGGAUCCGCUGCCUCCGCUACGAAAUCAAAGACAUACACGUCCCGCCUCGGGUCAAAGAAUCCAUGCAGAUGCAGGUGGAAGCCGAGCGCAAAAAGAGAGCCACGGUUCUGGAGUCCGAAGGGAUGCGAGAGGCUGCCAUCAACGUGGCCGAGGGCCGGAAACAAGCGCAGAUCCUGGCCUCAGAGGGAGAAAAGGCAGAGCAGAUCAAUCAAGCAGCUGGUGAAGCUCAAGCAGUGUUAGCCAAAGCUGAGGCGAAGGCUAAGGCCAUCCGUCUGCUGUCGGACGCUCUGACUGAGCAAAACGGAAACGCAGCCGCCUCCCUGAGCGUGGCGGAGCAGUACGUCUCUGCCUUCUCCAACCUGGCCAAACAGACCAACACCGUCCUGCUGCCCUCCAACACCGGCGACGUCACAGGAAUGGUCACACAGGCGAUGACCAUUUACAGCGCGCUGGCGAAGGCCUCCCCGGACGGGUCGGUGAAGCCGGCGGCGGCGGCGGCGGCGGAGAAAAAGGAGGAGGAGUUUCGAGACUAUCUGCCGCCCCCUGAAGAGCAGAGGACUCAGUGAAUGAACUCAGGAAGGUUGAAGGAUGCUGAAAACCACGCGGCGGUUGGAGUCGAGCAGCUCCACCAGCAGCCUCCUCCACAUGCGUAACCGCGUGAAGUCGCCUGAGGUUUUUUCCCCUCAGAGUGCUGGACACAGGCGCAUCUCUGUGGGAGGAUCCUCAGACUGCUGACGUUACCUGAUUGACUGAGUUAGCGGGUUAAUCAGCCCUGCAGGCCAGACUUCUUCCCCCUCAGACAGAAACGGUGGCCCACAUGUAAAUGCAACAGCACUCACGAUGGCUUCCUCCACUACUAUUGGCCCCCUUAAUAAAGUUGGAUACAAAUUCAUCUGAUACAUCACUUCCUUGUCGUGUCUGUGGUUGGAAAAUAAACUGGGUUCCUCGUCCAGCCCUAUUUCUAACAGCUCCA